GCCCCGGUGGGCGGAGGUAGGGCUGUGGUCGCCCUCGGGACCCCGGCGGCCCGGUCCGCCCCGGGUGGCGUCCCCUCGGCCCGAGCUGGCUUUCCCGGGAGGCCGGGCCGAGUGUCGGGCCUGCGUGCCCCGCGGGCGGCCCAGCUCCAGGGCUGGGUCCCGGGCUGCCGGAGCCCGCUUCCCGCCUCCAGGGGUCAGCGGUGGCCGCUGGGUACCGGCGCGGGCCGCUCAGCACCUCAGACCUUGCUCUUCCAGUCGCCGAGGUGGCGGGCCGACCCCUGGGCGGCCUGUGCAGACGGCCGCCAUUCCCGUGUCGCUGCGUCCGCGGGGCCCGCCCGAGCCGGCCACCAUGCCGCUGGGCCUAAAGCCCACCUGCAGCACGUGCAAGACCACAUCGUCCUCCAUGUGGAAGAAGAGUCCACAGGGCGAGAUCCUCUGCCAUCACUGCACGGGCCGGGGCGGCGCGGGCGGCGGCGCGGGAGUGGCGGGCGGGACCGGGGGAGGCGGCGGCUUCGGCACCGCCACCUUCGCCACCAUCUCGGCCGGCCCUUCGCAGAGCAACGGGGCCGGGGGCGGCAAGCAGAGUAAGCAAGAAAUUCACAGAAGGUCCGCUCGGCUCAGAAAUACCAAGUACAAAUCUGCCCCAGCUGCUGAAAAGAAAGUUUCCACCAAAGGAAAAGGGAGAAGACAUAUUUUUAAGUUAAAAAAUCCGAUCAAAGCUCCUGAAUCUGUUUCUACCAUCGUCACUGCGGAGUCAAUCUUCUACAAGGGAGUAUAUUACCAAAUUGGUGAUGUUGUUUCUGUGAUUGACGAGCAAGAUGGGAAGCCGUACUAUGCUCAGAUCAGGGGCUUUAUUCAGGACCAGUAUUGUGAGAAGAGUGCCGCGCUGACAUGGCUGAUUCCUACCCUCGCUAGUCCCAGAGACCAGUUUGAUCCUGCAUCAUAUAUAAUAGGGCCAGAGGAAGAUCUUCCAAGGAAGAUGGAGUACCUGGAAUUUGUCUGCCAUGCGCCUUCUGAGUAUUUCAAGUCAAGGUCAUCACCAUUUCCCACAGUCCCCACCCGACCAGAGAAGGGCUACAUAUGGACUCAUGUUGGACCUACUCCUGCAAUAACUAUUAAGGAAACAGUUGCCAACCACUUGUAGUUACAAAACCAAACCUGGGGCAUGCCUACUUAGCAGGUAUAAAGCUUCAGUUUUAAUCCUAGAACAUACAUACAUGUCCCAAAAUAAAGCCAGAUUUCCAGUUUUCUUAUAACAAGAUAUGCCACACAUUUUCCUCUUUAAAACUUUUUUUCUUUAAUUUUUUUUAGAUAGGGUCUCAUAUGUAGCCCAGGUUGGCUUGACUUUGAGAUCCCCCUGCCUCAUCCUCCUUGAGUGCUGGAAUUACAGGUGUGUUACACCAUAGCUAGUUAAUGCCAGAUACUUCUUCAUGAAGUUCUUACAUGGAAACAUGACUUGAGAACAAUUUUACCCUACUUACUACCCAGUAAUUAUAUUACCUUGCUUAGUACCUGUUGCUUACAAAAUCACAGGGUGAAAAAAGAAUGAAUUGAAGUAAAAUACUAAAUUUAAUGUGUAUUUUCCCAGGCAAAAUCGCAGAUUCCAGGGAUACCAUUAUAAACAUAUAGUGUCUAUUUUUCUUCAUAAUUUAUUUCUAGGAACUCAUAAAAUGAAUUACUUUUUUAUAGGCACAAAACAUUCUUAGAUUUUUUUUUUUUCUUCUUUUUUUUUAAACCCAGGAUUUCACUAUGCAGUCCUGGCUGUCCUGGAACUCAUUCUAUAGACCAGACUGGCAUUGAACUCAAGAGAUCUGCCUGUUUCUGCCUUCCAAGUGCUGGGACUAAAGGUGUACACCACCAUGCCAGGCUUAAGUUUUAGAUUUCUGAUCAAGGACUAAACCAAAAUGUGGCCAGUAUGCCUCACAAACCCAGUCUUUUUUCUUCUCUAGAGGCAUACCUUGCUGUGUUAGUCCUAUAGAAAGCAACUGGUGGGUAAUUGGUUAGUCCUGGCUCUUCACACUUUCAUCUCAUGCCACAGCUUUCAGCUGCUUUCAGUAGACAUGCCUUUGCCUGUCAGCAUCAGCUGCAUCUGUGAGACUGCUUCAGCCUUUGAUCUAUCUGCAUGCAGUACAGACAUCCCCUCCUACUGAGGCAGCAGCCUCUGGCUGUUGCUAAGACAGGCACUGGUGACUGGCUAUCUCGAAAGUGACUAAAAGGUCAUUAGUUUUGAUAGUCAAAAGAUUCAAACUAUGAGCUGAGAACUUGGAUGGUGUGCUUUGGCUUGGGAAAGCCUGUCGUAUAUGCUUCAAGUGCAGUUUGGUCACAUGAUGGAGGGAAGUGGGCGGGUACCCACUUGUUGCCUCUGUCCUGAUCUAUCUAGACAGACAUUUUUAGCUGUAGGAAUUUAUGGGGAUUUGACAUGCUCUAAAUGAUUUUCAUCAAAACUCUUUUACCCUUUUUCUUUAGUCCCAAAGUUGGGAAAAAGCAUCUUCAGGCUUACAUAAGAUAUAAUAAAGUUCAUUGUAAAUAUUAUUGGGAAUGAUUUUCUAAAUGCUAACAUUCCAGUUUUUUAUUAAAAAUUAUUUUUACCAUGGG